CCACCCCCCCCCCCCGCCGGCGCUGACCGGGUUCCCCAGAUCCGCUCCUCGGGCGGGAGGCAGCAACCCGCGCCUGGGAGCUCCGUCCCCUCCGCGGGGCGGCGGGGGAUUCCCCGGCGCCCGGGCCGGGGGGGGUGGCCCGGCGGGGCGCCGCGGCUGCGCCGCGCGAGUGAGCGGGGCUGUGCCGCUAUCGGCCUAGGUAGGAUGGACCUGCCCCCCUGCCUCUGCCCCCAUGUCCAAUAAGAAGAGACCCGGCUUGACACCUGCCUAUAUACAGAGGACGAGAGCAACGUCUUCAGCGCUGGUCUUUGGAGGUGGGGGGGGGGGGGGGGACACCAACCCAAAACACAACACGACAUCAGGUCAGAGCAGGGGGCUCGGUGGUACUAUAAAACCCCCCAAGACUAUGACUUCCAGUAAAAUCAAGAUGCCAGGGGAGGUGAAGGCAGAUCCUGCAGCUCUGAUGGCAUCUCUGCAUCUGCUGCCUUCUCCCACUCUCAACCUUGAAAUCAAAUACACCAAGAUUUUCAUCAAUAAUGAGUGGCAAAAUUCUGAAAGUGGGAGAAUAUUCCCAGUAUAUAAUCCAGCAACAGGAGAGCAGAUCUGUGAGAUCCAGGAAGCUGACAAGAUUGAUACGGACAAAGCAGUGAGGGCAGCUCGCCUUGCUUUUUCUCUAGGUUCAGUCUGGAGGAGAAUGGAUGCAUCAGAAAGAGGCCAUCUUUUGGAUAAGCUUGCAGACUUGGUCGAAAGAGACAGGGCAAUUCUUGCUACUAUGGAAUCACUGAACAGUGGCAAACCUUUCUUGCAAGCUUUCUACGUAGAUCUUCAGGGAGUCAUAAAAACCCUGAGGUAUUAUGCCGGUUGGGCAGACAAAAUCCAUGGAAUGACCAUUCCUGUAGAUGGAGAUUAUUUUACGUUUACAAGACACGAACCCAUCGGAGUGUGUGGACAGAUCAUCCCUUGGAACUUCCCCCUGCUGAUGUUUGCAUGGAAGAUUGCUCCAGCUCUGUGCUGUGGCAAUACAGUAGUUAUUAAACCAGCAGAACAAACACCACUCAGUGCUCUCUAUAUGGGAGCCCUCAUCAAGGAGGCUGGCUUUCCACCAGGAGUUGUCAAUAUUUUGCCAGGAUUUGGUCCAAUUGUUGGUGCAGCCAUAGCAUCUCAUGUUGGCAUUGAUAAAAUUGCUUUUACUGGAUCCACUGAGGUUGGGAAGCUGAUCCAAGAAGCAGCUGGAAGGAGUAAUUUGAAGAGAGUUACACUGGAGCUGGGUGGGAAAAGCCCAAACAUUAUUUUUGCAGAUGCUGAUUUGGACUAUGCUGUGGAACAAGCUCACCAAGGCGUCUUCUUCAAUCAAGGUCAAUGCUGCACUGCAGGCUCACGGAUUUAUGUGGAAGAAUCAAUCUAUGAAGAGUUUGUUAGAAGAAGUGUAGAACGUGCAAAGCGGAGGGUUGUGGGGAGUCCUUUUGACCCAACUACGGAACAAGGUCCACAGAUUGAUAAAAAACAAUACAACAAGAUCUUGGAACUGAUUCAAAGCGGCAUUACUGAAGGAGCAAAACUUGAAUGUGGGGGUAAAGGACUAGGAAGAAAGGGCUUCUUCAUUGAACCUACGGUGUUUUCCAAUGUAACAGAUGACAUGCGGAUUGCCAAGGAGGAGAUUUUUGGGCCUGUUCAAGAAAUACUGAGAUUUAAAACCAUGGAUGAAGUUAUAGAGAGAGCCAACAAUUCUGAUUUUGGGCUGGUAGCUGCUGUCUUUACAAAUGACAUAAACAAGGCCCUGACAGUCUCUUCAGCAAUGCAGGCUGGGACAGUCUGGAUAAAUUGCUACAAUGCCUUAAAUGCCCAAAGUCCUUUUGGAGGAUUCAAAAUGUCUGGCAAUGGGAGAGAGAUGGGUGAAUGUGGAUUGAGAGAAUAUUCUGAAGUUAAAACUGUGACAAUAAAGAUCCCUCAGAAGAAUUCUUAAAAUGACAAAGGACCACGCUGUGCAGAAGAGCACAUGAUGCCACCCUCUCUAUUCCUUAUGGAGACCAGCACUCAGGAAUAAAAAGUGAUACACAAUAUAUAUUUAAGAAAUUAAGUUGCAACAUAUAUACUGGGCACAUAACUGCAUACAUAAUGCAAACCAGCUCUGCAUGUUUUCAUAAAACUCUCCUGAGAAUCAUUACAUCUUUAUAAAACAAAUCAUAACAAGAGAUAAAAUUGCUACUGGGCAUCAUUUAAUAACGGUUCUAGCUAUAAAACUGUUAAAUGCAAAUGCAUGCAUACACACAUUUAUCUCUUGUUUAAAUAAACAAAGUCUUACUGCUUUCAGGUUGCCUUCUCAAACCUGCCUUGUACUGACAUUCUAGUUUCAAUCAGGGCUUUACAAGCCAGCUUUUACCCAAAAUGCUAGCAAUGAACAACAUAAACAAGUAUCAUUGAUGCUCUUAAAAAAUAAAAGACUCUGAAUGGUAACGAGCCAAAAACUGGUAUAUUGGCAACUUUCCAAUUAGCUUGCUAACAUAAAGAGGUCAAACUGGGGAGGGAAUCAAACCAUUAUAUGGACAACGAAAUCCAAAUACUUAUCAGUGAGAUUUGGCUUUCAUGACCCACAGCGAUUUGGUUUUCAAAGCUUAUUUUCAUAAUUACUUUAUGUCUUGCUAUAAGCAAAAAUCCUCCCUCAUUCACAGGAACUUAAAAGAUUUUACCUGCCUGCCAAAAGAGCACAGCCAGACAGGGUGGGAGGGUGUUACAGCGAACAGGAACAGAUCCCAAGGCUUCACAGAGUAUUUCAGCUUUCACUGCUUGUCUAGUUUUGGUGGUGGUGUUACUGUUGUUGUUUUCACCUUUUUUCUUUUUUUUAAACAAGUAUAUGCACAUGCAGACUCCAUUUAUUUGUCUGCUAUUAAACUGCCUGUGAUUACACUGAGAAUUAUUAAGUAUUUGUUACAGCAGGAAGAACCCAGCAAAAGGCCACCUGACAAGAAGUAAGCUUGACUUUUUCUUACUAAAUGAUGGCUUGCCAUCCUUACCAUGCUUGUGAGCCUCAGGUGAGCUUACUGGCUGGUACUGACUUUUCAAUUAUGUCUGUUCUUUUUUUGGCCCAGGACAAAAAUAUGAGCAAAUUCUUUUAGAAGUGAGGUGUUUAAAACCUGUCACAUUAUUACCUGCUGCUUACAGAAUCUCUUCCAACUUCUAACUAACAAACUAAACACCAUCUCUUUCUUCUUUCCAGCUGCAGAGCUCAUCGAUUCCCCAGACUUUUUGAAAAGCGGUUUCAUUUUAUGUUUUAACUUAGAAUUAAGAAAAUUUAUUUUAAAAGUACAGUAAAUCAUCUACACUGUGUAGCUACAUUAUCUGGGGUGUAAGGACAGAAUUAUGGCCUCAGGUGUAACAGUUUUCCUAGCUGCAGAGUCUAUACUACGAACUGUUGAAAACUCCAGACCUGAUCAGCAAAUCAUUUCUGCACGUUCUUAACUUCCUUUACUCUCUGAGGAAUUCCUCUUAGAUUUGAAGUUGUGUGUGUCCUUAAACAUACUGCUGGAUCAGGACAAGAGUAUCCAGCACUUUGUAGUGUGGUGGCCCUCAAUAUUUUGUAUUUCUAACUCAUGUUAAACUGUGUAUGUGGUUUUUAAAGCAAUAUGUAUACACGAUGUUAUUCAGAAAUGACAGUACAUUCACAGGCAUGGAGAUGAAUCAACUUACUUAUUCCUGAGUUGUUAAAUGCAAAUGCCAUAUACUUCUACUGUAGUGUAUGUCAGAGUGAAGAAAAACAAAAUACAGCAAAUAAGAGAUUAGUUAUCUUUUAAACUGCAAUAUAAAAUGUGAAAAAGGAGAUUUUACUUCUUUUCUCCUAUUUGCUUAAAAAAGAAACUUCCUGUGCUAACAGCAUUUACACCGUGUACUCUUUUGUAUUCUUUUUGUGUAUUUUGUAUGUCUGUGCUUUAUUCCCAGUACAUUCAGGUAAAUAAUACAGACUUGCCAUUUUUUUCAACCCUGUCACUGCAGCUUCAUUUGAUGUACAUGGAUUUGUGAAAUCCUUUUUUAAAUGUACCAUCUGCAUGGAUCCAACAAAACAUUUUUCCAGUCCCUGCGGCUUUUUGUUACAGUUUUUAAUCAUGUAUAUAGUUAUAUGUUAUUAAAAAAGUAAAAGGAUAUUUUCUAUGAAGUUUUUUCCAUUAAAAAGGUUUAGAGAAAGA